AUGUUCGUUUCCAGCUAACCGUUGAGCGUGAAACAUGUCCAAGUUGCUGGUUUUGCUUCUGGUUUGGCAAGUCUUGCUACCUGAAUGUGUCAAGGCUCAAAAGCGACUCAACAUGACAGUUCUGUACGAGUCUCUUUGUAAGGAUUCAUUGGAUUACUUGACAAGUUUAUUACCAGUUUUCAAAGAGUUGAAUGGGUACAUAAACCUGAACUUGGUUCCCUACGGCAAAGCUUCGAAAGGAGGAAGAGUCUGUCAACAUGGUCCCAAAGAAUGUAAGGGAAAUAGUAUUCAGGAUUGUGCUCAACGUACCCAUAUGUCCCAGCUAGAAAAACUGAGCUACGUUACGUGUCAGAUGACAAACAAGAAACUAGUGACUGAGAUAGAUACAAAUUGCACAAAUUAUUCGGACAUAAAGGAGUCAAUCACUGAAUGCAUGAACCAAAAUGGGCGUUGGAGGACAUAUCAGAGACAGUCCGAGAGAAUCACUAGCAUGUACGAUUUUGAUCAAGUUCCGGCCGUAGUAUACAAUGACCGAUUCAAUGAAAGUCUGCAAGAUGAGGCCACUGAGGAUGUCAAAAAGAGUAUAUGCACUGCGAUAGUGGAAACUGGAAUAGAAGAGCCACAGUACUGUUUGAAGGUAAGGCGUUAAAUUCAUUAUUCACGC